UUGGAUUAUUUAAGACAUUUUAUUUUAUAAAUUUUUUUAUUUUUGUUUGUUGCACAUGCUUUUAUUUUUAGACGUUUUGUUUCAGCGAUUAUAAAUAUAGAAUAAUGCAGAUUGUAAGCAAUAUCGAUCCCAGGACUUUUUUUCUCUUUUUGCCAUUAUGUUAUGUAGAGGAGACAAAAAUUUUAAUAAAAAAUACGGUUGGUCAGUUGACACCAACACAAGAUAUUUGUGGCGUCCGCUUAAUAUUAAUAAAUUAAACUGUCUUGCUCCACCAAAAAAUUUUCGCUGCCUGCUAUGUAAAUUGACUUAUGAUAAAACUUUAGAUUUUAUGUUGGUGAUGUGAUGUAGUGAUCAUGUACCUACUCUAUUCCAGUUAUAUUUGAAGGGUGGCAAAAUUAUGGUCUAUGUGUUAUUAAUGGCCUGCGUUGUAAGAGCUGGCAAAUAAAAUGGCUGAAAAAUAAAGAAAAAAAGAUACACUAGACAAUGUUCGCAUGUAAGAUGCUUAAGUCAAGUCAAAGGUUUGCUGUUUCAACUGGGGCUUCAAGUUUCACUACUAAGCUUAAACCUCGGAACAGGCAAUCAUUAAACUUGAAAAGAUGUGCUUGGACUGCUGUCGAACUUAACCGUGAUCCAAAAGAGUUGCGAUCAAAAUGGCCAAAAGCAUCUUUUGAUGUAGACAAAAUGACUGCUUUGAUUGACCAUGAUAAUCAUGAGAUGAGAAAGGAGAUGAGAGAGUUUCUCAGUGAUCCUGUGUUUCGACCAGAGUAUAACAUUAGCUUACAAGAGGAAAGAGAGGUAGCUCUGCAGCGCUUGCAAAAGAUUUGCGACAAAGGGUAUAUCUCAGUGCUUGAUUUUCGCGACAAUCCGUUGAAAAUAUUUGCAGCUCAUGAGUUGGCCAGUAUUGUGGAUCCAGCAAUGUCAACAAAAAUGACAGUCCAGUUUAAUUUGUUUGGUGGCACUGUUUUAAAACUUGGUACGGAACGUCAUCACAAGAAACUUUUAAAAGGAAUUGACUCAUUGCAAGAUGUAGGGUGUUUCGGACUGACAGAGCUUGGUUAUGGCAACAAUGCGGUGGAAAUGGAAACCACAGCUGUGUAUGACAAAGCCACGAAAGAAUUCAUCAUAAACACACCUACACCACUGGCGCAGAAAUAUUGGAUCACUAAUGGAGCCAUCCAUGCAAAACACUGUGUGGUGUUCGCACAAUUAAAAAUAGGCGACGUUGAUCAUGGCAUACAUGGUAUACUUGUUCAAAUCAGAGACGAUAACUUAAAACCAUUGCCUGGAAUUACAGUGGAAGAUAUGGGAUACAAGAUGGGUGUAAAUGGCGUGGACAACGCCAAACUCAGUUUUGAUAAUGUUCGAGUGCCAAGAGAAAAUUUAUUGAAUAAAUUUUCUGAUGUGGCGGAGGAUGGAACCUUCACUACUGAUAUCAAAAGCAACCGUGGUCGUUUUUUAACGGUAGCUGAUCAAUUGCUUUCCGGACGAUUGUGCAUAGCUGCCAUGUCGCAAGGCGGUGCCAAAACUGCAUUAGCAGUUGCCUUACGGUACUCGGCAACAAGAUUGACUGUAGGUCCAAAGGGUAAAUCAGACAGACCGAUAUUGAGCUACCAACUUCAGCAGCGUGCUUUGAUACCCCUAUUAGCAGAAACUUACUGUUUGAACAUCGGAUUGGAUUAUGUAAAAGAUAGGUGGGCGUUCCAAGCUGCUGAUGGAUCCGAACAUGCUGAUGUUGUCACAAUGUGUUGCGUCAUUAAGCCUCUGUGUGGAUGGAAUGUGGAAAAUGUUGGAACUAUCUGUCGCGAAAGAACCGGUGGACAAGGAUUCUUGUCUGUCAAUCGUUUAGGAACUGUUAUCACGUCCUCCCAUGCUUCGAUGACUGCGGAAGGAGACAACUGCGUGUUGAUGCAAAAGGUUGCUAAGGAACGGUUGACAUCAUACACGAAGUCUGAUCUUAUGACAAUUUGGUUAUCGUCGAAAUUUAGCACUGGUAUUUUAUCGCGACCAAACCUUAACAGCAUUGAUUACUUGCAUGGCUUGUUGAAAAAAAGAGAAGACUUGUUGUAUUUAGAACUGGGCACGAAGAUGGCAAAAGCUGGAAGAGCAAAACUGUUCGAAACAUGGAUGUACGACUCCAGUGAUCUUGUUCAACAUGCUGCGCAUGCGUAUGGUGAACGGUUGGUGAGCGAAGUGUGCACUAAAACUCGGCUUUCGGCAGAUCCGUCAUUACGAGAUAUUUUAUUAAAGCUGCAUCAUCUAUACGUGAUCACAAUUUUAGAGCGAAAUCUAGGAUGGUUUGUGGGUGAGCGACUUCUGCCUGCGUGGGCGGCUAAAAAAGUUCCAGAAGUUGCUCGCGAAUUGUGCAAAGAGAUUGCCCCUCAAUCGCUUGCGCUUACGGACGCUUUCGCGCUGACAGACGACAUGUUGUCAGCUCCAAUUGCUCUGGAUUGGAUUAAGUACAACGAAUAUGACAAUCAGGGAGAAUUAAAAUCAAAAUUAUAAAUUUCGUAUGCUGUGGAGCCUGAUUUGACUUAGCCUGCCUAUUUUUUCCCAGUAAUAGACUGUAUUUUAAAAUAAUAAAACAGAGCCUGAAUUUUACAGAAGCAGCGGUUAAAACUUUAAAUCAAAUUUGUAAUUUCUUUUUUGUUUCUUUCUUCUUGCAUUUGGUGGUAAUUAUUUCGCAGAAGCCAAGCAUUCUCUUUCUUAUAUCCUAUUUUUUUCCACUAAUAGAGUGUAUUUUAAAAUAAUACAACACACAUAAUCAAAAAGUAAUUUGUCUUUGUGAAAGAAAUACUUUUAUGACUUUUCGAAAAACUUCUGGCUCAAAAACUUCCUUUUCUUAUGUAGUUCCAACCUCAAUAAACCUACACAUGGGCAGUUGAAUGAAUUAAUCAGUUAAUUUGUAUGUAAAUUUAUGCUAUUUCUGUAAUUAUUUUCAUAAUUAUAUGUAGUUUAACCA